AUGUCGUGCCCUGACUGCUUCCGAGGCAAUACAUCCACAAGCCUUCCCAUUGGCAAGGAAAUGAUCAUCCACGGGAUCCCAACUUAUGUCAGUGGGCCACACAUGGACCUGACGCCUAGAGCUAUCAUAGUUUUCAUUUCAGACGUGUUUGGCUGGAAAUCAAUCAACAAUCGAAUCUUGGCGGACCGGUAUGCGACCAAAGGCCAGUUUCUAGUCUAUGUUCCUGACUUUAUGAAUGGACACGCCGUGGAUUCGUCUGCGAUGGAGCUUUUCGACGAGAUUGUUAGACCAAGUGGCUGGUUUGACACGGUCGCGAAGAAGCCAUUUCGUGUGAUGAGAGCGAUGGGAAUGGUGGUUCCCUUUCUCUUAAGUUGCAGCAUAAAUGCUACUCAUCCGAGAGUUGUUUCAUUCAUCCGGAAAAUCCGGGCCUCGCCUCCUCCGUUUGCAACAAAAAGCCUGAAAGUGGGAGGGGCGGGUUUCUGCUGGGGUGGUAAGCACUUGAUGAUGCUUGCGCAAGACGCUGAGACAUCGGGCGUUGAAAGACGCGGGUCUCAGAUCGAUACUACACCCGGUAACACUCAGCCUUUCCUGGACUUUGCUUUCGUGGCGCACCCGGUCAUGAUUCAAGUCCCCGUGGACAUUGAGGCUGUCAAAGUACCUCUGAGCGUAUCUGUAGGAGACGUGGAUAUUGCCUUGAAGAAGGCGCAGGCGCAGCAGGCCAAGAAGAUCUUGGAGUCCAAAGAGGCAGGCAGGCAUGAGAUGUUCAUCAUCCCGGGGGCAAAGCACGGGUUCGCCAUCAGAGGGCAUCCGAAUGACAAGGCCGAGAUGGAAUACGCUGAUCAAGCUGAAGCUCAAGCCCUAGCUUGGUUUGUAAAAUGGUCUGCGACCUCAUGA